CUGGUACCUUCGUCGUCGUUCCGUCAGUCUUCGUCAGCCGUUGUUGUGCUGCUGCGCCUCCGGCUGGCAGAAGGCAAUGAUCAGGUUCUGAUUGCCGACUUUUCGCAGUCUGCCUCAGUCCCUCCAACAGCCUGCGCGGCCCUUGGUAACCCGGUCGACGACCGAUCCGGUAUAAUUUUCAAUGACGUCAAUACGAUGACUGACCGGAGCGACGACGUGUAUAAAAAACUGGACAGAAUUGUGGGCCCCUCUUUGUUAAACUACCCAGGCCAUCGUCGGCCCUGCCAGCGGGCGCAGAACUUAAUGCGCUAUGACAAUGCGAAUAAAUGGGCCUCAGAACCCUGCACAUCCUUAGACCCGUUGCACAGCGGCGAUAUGAUUUUCGACUCACGAGAGGUUGGCGAUGAACCGCAGGUGAAAGGCCGCCAUCUGGAUGCCUCAAUCACAGCCAACGAAAAGGACUUCUUUACGGUGAAGAUGUGCAAGAGUCUCAGCAGUGAGUCGUUGCCGAAUGACGCCGUCGAAGCUUCUGAUGGUGCAGCGGUAGAAACACUGGUCGCUAUUAAGGGAGUCACCUUGAAGGAAGCACUGAGCGGUGUUGCAGAGAAACACCAGAUUAACUUGGAAUGCAUCAACGUGUUCGUGAAGUCGUCCAGCACGCCACUGCCGUUCGACACCGAUGUUUCGUUUCUUGGCGGAUUGAAGCUUUUCAUGAAAACUAUGCUGAAAACCGUUCACUAG